AUGGGCUGUGCGAUCUGUUUGGAUGAAUUUGACCAGGCAGACGGCGAGUCGAAGCGCGCCACUGCUCUGACAUGCGGACACAUCUUCCACCUCGAGUGUCUGCAGACGUGGUUCUUCGGCUCCACAUCGCUCGCUGAUCAUCGUCAUGUGUCUCAGAAACGAUGUCCGCUCUGCACGCAGCCCGCUACGCCCGAGUGCAUGGUCAAACUCUACCCCUCGGAUGGCAAUGAUCUCGACACGUACCUCUCGGGACAACAGCUGUGGGAGACUGCGCCAUCAAAAUCCAGUGAUGCUACACAUGAUCAUGCACAGUCCAAGCGACUCUUGGCCGAUCUCAUGGACUUUAACAGCGCUCUUCAGGCAUACGUCAUGGCUGUACAUGGCUUUGAUUCAGACAGAACCAUCAAGGCGGGCGUCCAAGUUCGCAGACUCGUCGUCGAUCUCACCAAGAACAGAGACAUUCAACUCCAAGAAACGCUCUUCAACUCGCUCACUUCUCUCGACAAAGCAGUCUCGUGUUUCCAAACCUUGCUCAACGAUCUCGAGCAUAAAUGCACGAUGAACAAACAGCUAAAUCAACAGCUCAAGGCUAAGAAACAAAAACUCGACAAGAAGCUCACCGAGGCACAAAACACCACGAAUACAGCCACAGGCAAGCUCGCCGAGGCGGAAGCAAGAAUGAAAUCAGCCAAGGAAAGCAUGGAGAUGGUCAAGACGUUGGAAGCCAACGUCAAAGAUAUGAUGGCUGCUACCCAACGCAGAGAAGAAGAGCUGAACAGAAAGCAACAUCGGCUCGAGGCUCAAAUGGGCAAGAUGAAGCUUGAGACGAAUCUCAAGAUUGCCAACAUGAGCGCCAAUACGGAAAGUAGACUGAAAACCAUGCAGGCCGAAGUGGACGAGGCGCAAAGCAAGGCAGCUGACGCUGCCAAGGAGAGAGCGGCAACGCACCGAAAGAACUGCGAGCUUGCGGACCAGCUCAAGAAACUACAGCAACAUCUCAACCAUCGAAAAAAGCUAGGAGCGCAAGCAUCUAAGCCGAUGGUGGGAGAGAGCGAAACAACUGCACGUAGACUCAAGGCGCUCGAGGCGCGCAACAAGUCAUUGGAAGCGCAGCUCAAGGCAGCGGCCCUGGCUGCACCCGGACACUGCAUAGUGAGCUGCUCGAAUCAUUGCACCGAUGACAUGAUCUGCUUUACUCGAUCCAGCAGCGUGUCCUCGGGCGACAAUGUCGCGGCUUCUCAGUUGGACGACUUGGAUUUCGGGUCACAAGCUUCGAAUUCGGCCGCACUGGCAACACCGCAACCAAAGCGCAAAGCCAGGUCGCGCAGCGUCCUGUCCGUAGAGCCUGAGCGUCUUGACGACGAAACCGACCGCCUCUUCCCAAUGCCGGGCUUUGGUGUUCUCAACGUCGCUGCUCCUCUACCACCUAGACCCAACCAGCCUCAUUCCAAAACAUCGCCCACUACUCCAUCUUCAAGACCUUUCGAUCCACAAUCUUGCACGUCUCACUCUUUCAAUUUCACAGACCCACCCAAACACGCUACCAACGAGAACCAAACCUCCAGCAUCGGCGACGACUACGAUACAAGUUGCACCAAGCGCAAAAGGGCUCCACUCGCGUCCUCCGCCAACAGCACCAACAGCACCACCAACCCCAACGACAGGUACACGAGCAAACAAUCUUACGGAUGGCUGAAUAACCACAAAGGUGUGGUCGCUUUAGGGCCCAAGCGUCGUCCGAAAACGUGA